UAAUCUUCCAAAACAGUUGGAUAAAGCGAACUCAAUAGUACUCUGUACAGAGAAUUCCCGCACUCCACAGACAAGCAAGCCAUGGCCAGUCCCCUCCGUCGGCCGCCGUCGCCGCCGCCUCUCUUCUCCUUUAUCCCCAGUUCUCAACCGCCACCGCAGCUCCUUCCCUUCAAUGCCCCCAAGCCCUUCAGGCGAAUAGCUCCGAUCUCGUCGUCCCCCUUCAGGAAUAACGGAAGCAACAGCCCAGCAGACACAGAGUGCCCCGUCCCCUUCGAGCAGCAGCCAAUCAACGAGUACCAGACCCUCUCCACCUCCUUUCCCUUCUCCUGGGUCGCCAGCGACUUCGUCGAAUACUGCUCGAGGCUGUUCGUCACGGGGGCCUCCUUCGCCCUGCUAGUCGGGCUGCCUGUUGCCUGGUUCGGGGCCCCUGGGCCCGAGUCCGAGCCGAUCAAGAGGGUCCUUGGGGCAGCCUCGAGCGGCGUCCUUGUGGUGACGCUCGCCGUCGUGAGGAUGUACCUCGGCUGGGCUUACGUCGGAAAUCGCUUGCUCAGCGCCACCAUCGAAUAUGAGGAGACAGGGUGGUAUGAUGGUCAGGUGUGGGUAAAGACUGCUGAAGUAUUGACAAGAGACCGGCUUCUCGGUUCAUUUUCGGUAAAACCCGUGCUCAAUAAGCUCAAGUACACGCUUGUCACUCUCGGAGUCACUCUCUUCAUAUGCGCCGUUCUUCUGGUUAACAUUGACGGGGUGGAGAAGGCUUCUUAUGCCGCUUCAAGACAGGCUGCAGAUAGGGCCAUUCCUGGAGUUUACAAUGACGAAUCUGCCCGGUCCUUCGAGCCCGAUGCAUUCUGUGGUGAAGCCGCUCUUUCAGGUGACAGUGACUGAGCAAGUAUAUACUAUAGGUAGGGAUAUGAAUGUAUCGAGACGAAAUUGUAUGUAAAUGUAUAUUCUGCACGUGACAAACUUAUGAAUUGGACAAACAUAAGAAUAGAUGGCUUACAUCUCUCAGUAAGAACUUCUCCAUAAUGGAAUGGCUUCUUCUUAUGGAAGGUGCCGGUAACUAUUCUCCA